CUAUCUGCUCUGUCCACAUUCUCUCUCAGCCUCACCUUCACAAAACCUCACUUGAUUACCACCUGUUGUUGCCCAAAAAUCUCAGCCAUGGCUGCCUCCACUCUCUCCUCUGCAACCCCUUCUCAGCUGUGCUCUAUCAGGAAUGGGGUGUUGUCACCAUCCCAUGCUCUGCUGCCCAAGCUCACAAGGACGAGUCCAUUUGUGGGGAAGGGAAAGGGCUUGAAGAUCAAGUGUCAGGCCACCAGCAUUCCGGCCGAUCGAGUUCCUGACAUGGGCAAGAGGAAGCUCAUGAACUUGCUUUUGUUGGGUGCUAUUUCCCUCCCCUCAGCUGGCAUGUUGAUUCCUUAUGCCACCUUCUUUGCACCUCCUGGAACAGGAUCUGCUGGAGGUGGUAUUGUGGCCAAGGAUGCACUUGGAAAUGAUGUUAUUGCAGAUGAAUGGCUUAAGACUCAUGGCCCUGGUGACAGAACCCUAACACAAGGGUUGAAGGGAGACCCCACCUACCUUGUUGUGGAGAAUGACAAAACCCUUGCCACAUAUGGUAUUAACGCGGUCUGCACCCAUCUUGGGUGUGUUGUGCCGUGGAAUACAGCUGAGAACAAGUUCAUCUGCCCAUGCCAUGGAUCUCAGUACAACAACCAAGGCAGGGUUGUCAGAGGACCUGCUCCUCUGUCGUUGGCGCUGGCGCAUGCAGAUAUUGAUGAUGGGAAGGUAGUGUUUGUUCCUUGGGUUGAGACAGAUUUCAGAACAGGUGAAGAUCCAUGGUGGUCCUAAACUGCAACUCAAAAUUAUUCAUUGUCGCCUCAAGGUAAUCGGUCAAAACAUAAUCAUUUAUAAAACCAGAAAUCUUGUAAGUUGUAAUGAAGAUCCAAACUGAAAUUGGCAUUAUUACUCUUUUAAGUAUUAACAAUUCUAUAUAGAAUCAUUAUAUUUGUUUGGCAUUGAGAAUGAGAAAUUUUGAUAUAAGUUCUUCUA